UUUAUUUUACAAAUAUUGUAUUUGUAAACACAGAAAUAUAAUUGUAUCACAAUAAGUUAUAUUAAUAAUAAAGAGACAUAUACAAGUAUAAUGAGUAAGGAGCAGUUUUCACCCAUACAAAAAAUUUUAUCUCCAAGAUCAGGGCAGGGAAAAAAUUUAACUGGCUAUGUUCGUCACAUUCGAGAUUUAGCUGCAGAUAUACAUGGAAAUAUACAAAAUUGGAAUGCAUUACAUUUGCAAGGAGUAACGUUAUUAAAAACCAUAACACAACUGAAACAAGAUGAAUCGUAUCCUCAAGAUUUACAAGAAUUAUGUGAUAGAUUGGAAAACAUUUGUGAUGCACUGGACGACAUUGUGAAAAGUUUAGGUGAAAUUGCACAUCAAAUAAAAAUAACAGCAUCUUUAGAAACUCGCGUGGAGAAACUAUUUAUCACAUGGCCCAAUGUAAAAUUUGAACAAAUAGCAAAAUUAAUAUAUGAUGCAUAUUCUCAAGAAACAAAAAUAAAACGUAAGAUCUUGGAAAAUGUAGCUCAUUAUUACACAGAAUCAUGGAAAAUGCUAUUCCUUGCAACCUGGGUGCAUCAACCAUCGAUACCAGAAAAUGUGACAACUGCUUUGGAAUUAUUAUUGAUAGAAACUGGACACAGAUAGUUACAGUUAUUGUUGGUAUUUAUUUCGGAAUUGGUGGUGGUUUAGGUGGAAGUGAUGAGGGUCUGAUAGCACUCUUUUUUGGUCUACCUCUUUUCCCGCCACGGCUUUUUAAUAAAUUAC